UCACUUCACCGGUUUUACUUUCCCCAACUCUUAACUACAGUCAGUUGCCUCGUGCCCUCGUGAUAAGAUUACACAAACAAAAAUAAUGAAUUGUUCUGAAAUUGAUCAAGCUGCCGAAGCUGCUAAUGUGAUUGGAAUGCUAGCCGAAUUGUGUGAGAGACAAGAUUACUUGGAGACCUCGAUUGAAGAAGUAGUAGCUAUAAUAAAAGAAGACAAACGUUUUUUGAAGAUACGAGCAAUGUUGUCUGAGUUGCGUAAAGCAUUUGAUUCCAUCCAGAAACCUAAUAGUGAAUGUCUGGAAGAACAACUGCAUUUUGGAAAGAAGUUGAUUUACUACUUGAUGGAAGAAACCACUGAAUCAACAACGAUUGAUGCAGUCUGCACAUGGAUUGAGAUUGAAGUUUCCAAAUCCAAGGUUUCUCUUCUUCCUGCCUUGGUUUCUGCAGUGAUGCUCAGCUCUUUUGACAUAAGCACGGAGGUCUUCAGGAUGAGCAAAGAAUAUUCCUUGCUGAGUUCUGUCACCUUUCGUCGAUGGGCACCUUUAUUGCAUAGAUACUUCACUGAAGUUGAUGUAGCUGCCAGCCAGAUUCUGAUCUUUUUCAUCCAGGAUUUUCUCAGUUCAUCCCAUAAAAAAAAUACCAAAGCAUUGCUAUUUGAAAUCCUUCAUGUCCUGUUUAAAGAUGAGAAGUUUUUUUCUUUUAUUGCUGGAGAAAACAGAAAAAGUGGUAUGAUGUACUUACUGUGUUGCCUUCCUGAAAUUUCUCAAAGACAAGCUUAAUCCCAUUCGCAGAGAUCUUUGUCAGGCCAUGGUCAGGCUUAUGAUUGUUCCCUCCAUUAACAUUAAUUUCAAAUUUCAGUUUGUGAAACCGUAGUUCCCGUGGCUUACAUUGUUUCGGUUUUAAAUAAAAUUAUUGUCUAUCUAAAA